AUGGAAACUGCGAAUGCUGAAAGACCUCUAACCAGCAGUUUCGAACAUGGCAGCGAACCGGACACCGACAUUCAGCUGCCGCUAUCUAUUGAUUGUUCCGAGAAAUCACCAUAUGGACAAGGCUCACCGCCCAUAUGCUACGUGGAGCUGGGAGGACACAAGUCUGCUGAUUCAAGCUUCCAUAAGCACCAACUUGCUGAUGAGAUUGACCUUUGCGAUUCGCCACCCGAGUUGAUUCGAGGGGAUCGCGGCUGUGACGACAAGGAAAAGAAGGAAGCAGGCGGCUGUUUCGCCAAUGGCGCAGGGCCACUCAACUCGGCUGAGCUCUCUGGGUGCGUGGUCAAAGAUGAUGAGUCGAAUGAGUGUGGUUCGCUGAUUGCCGUAUCUUCCGAAUGUCUCCUGUCCUCUUCUGUUGUUCAGGCUGAAAACAACACCGUAACCUCUUCCACACCUGGCCCUCUGGUGAGUGGUCUACCACUGAAAUCAACUGAAGCUCCACGACCGGCAUCGCAUGGGGAGAAAGAGCGUGUAAGUGAGGCCGGGGAGGAGGAAGAGGAGGAGGAGGACGAUGAUCGCCCGUUGGUCGUCGAUCUUGGCGAAAGUUUCAACCUCUCGUCGUCUAGCGCUUCUCCUCUAAUCACCUCCAUUGUCGGCAACCAGGAGAAAGGCCCACUCACUGCACCCCUUCCGGUUGCGUCCCCCGCGAGUGCCCAACCGGUGCUCCUCACUGCUCACGAAGCCCCAGAGGCGUCUGCCAAACCGCCGACUACCGUGGCUUCGAAGUCGACGACUGUGCCUUCUUCUUCUACUUCAUCUCAUUCAACCACUGGCGCAGCCCCACCCAACCUGACCACAACAACAACCCCCGCUCGUGUACAGAAGGCCAUUCGGCCUCUCCUGACUCCGCAUUUGAAUUCACUGGAAGGCAUGCAUGCGGCCGCGCCUUCCGUCGGUAGCGCGAGUCUGGCGACGUCUCACUUUGUCGGUCAGUCGCCGGCCGGGACGAUUCGCCUACAGGCGAUUCAAUCGCACCCGCCGCCACCAGCACCGCCGCCGCCGCCGCCACCCACCGUCGCUGUCUCGGGCCCCCAGACCAACGGGGUGCAGUUCAUGUCCGUUCUCUCCGCCCCCCCGGCGGCGGGACCCUUUGGCCGCCCCCCACCACCCUCCUCCGUGGCUCCAUCGCCAAUUCACCUCUUCAACAUUGGUCCGAUGCCGAGUUACCUGAUCCCCUCACCUACGCCGAACCGACCUCUCUCCCUGCAUUGGUCACCUUUAGAAGGCUUCUAUAUUAUGCCGCUUCAUCUUGCAGACGCAGCUCCGGGCAUGCUGUUCCAAUCGAUACCGGGAGCGACUGCACCCCCACCACCGCCGCCGCCUCCACCACAACCUCCGGGCAAUUUUCAGUUUGCUCCUCAUCCUCCUCUCUUCUCAGCGGCUGCGGCGGCGGCGGCGAUGGCAGCUGCGGGAGGGCCCUCAUUCGGUAACCCCCACUUCGCUCGACCUCCGACAAUGUCGACGAGUCUUCCUCCUCCACCUCCACCGCCAUCGUCCCUCGUUCCCGGUCUGCCGCCGAUGUCGCGCGUAGCGACAAGGCCCCAAACUCUUGAUAAGGAUGCAAGUGGCUUGACUGCGAUGGUGCCACCUCCAGGGAGUCUAUUUAUCCCCGACAUGGGCAGUUGGGUGGCAGCGGUGACGUCUCAGCGCGCUCCGCCUCCUCUCCCGACCCUCUUCCCGCCGCAUCUAUCACAGAUCUCCACGGCGUCGUUCUCCGUCGCAGAUCCAAUCUACUCCUCUUCUGCCUGUCGUCUGACGGCGCCUCCUCCACCAACGCCGCCUCCCCGCUCCGAAGCCAAGCUGCCUCUACCGCCCGCCGCUUCGACUGCUGCGACGCCGUCGACUGGGGCCGACGUUGCCUUGUCGUCAGCUGGUCCUGCAAACAUCACCACCGCCGCCUCCGCGACCACUUCCACGCCCUCGUCCAACGUCUACUCUGUCUCAGCGCGUCGUUGGAGGCCGUCAAUCACGCGGAAGAAUAGUUCCACCUCUUCCACUCUCGUCACUGCCGCCUCCCAGCCGCAGACACCCCUACCUCCGGAUGCAGGCGACGCAGACUGCGUUGACGGCAGGCUUCAGGAGGAGGUGGAGGAGCCGAUGGACAUUCCACCUGCAUCUGACUUGGCGCAGCCUUCUCCGCCGACGCCGCCGAAGCAGCUGGAACCCGCGAGGGACGAUCUGGUACCCCGUCUGUCGCCCCCGUCUCGCCUUGACAGCGACUCGCACAAGUCCCGUGUGUCCAAGGUAGCCGCGACUACACCACCACCUCCCCUCUCGCCGUCAUCGUCGCCCCCAGCAACCACGUCUCCACUGGCUCCGGUGCGCAGGAAAGUCAUCGCUCACGUCAUCGACGGUCACGUGCUGUACGAGAGCAAUCUGCCCUUUCCCGUUCGAGACGCGAUGGCAAUCGUGGAGGCGACAAUGCGACAGACCCGGCUUGCUGGAGGCAAACGCGAAGACGAGCUGAUGGCGACGGAUUCGCGACACAAGCCCGCCGCCAGUCUAAACGGAACAGCUGCCAGGGAUUCAUCCACCGCCAGCAGCAGCAGCAGCAACACCAGCAUCGCGACACUCUCUCCUGUGAUAGUUGCCAAGCAACAGCCAAUGGGCGCGCCGGAGGGUGGAGCGCCGCCAGCCAAUCACCGCAAGCGUCGUUCAUCGAGGUCGGCCGUGGCCAGCGUCGUUGCCUCUCCGCCGCCGCUGCCGCCUCCCCCCCCUUCCUCUUCCCCUCUCCCUCCUGCUCGCACGCUUUCUGUCAGCAGUGUGGACGAAAGGAAACGCAAGAAGUCCGUCGUCACCACCGCCGCCGCCGCUGAUGGCGACUUGCCGUCUGUCGUCCCCACGCACAACGGCCACGGUGUGCCUUCUGGUCCGAAUUCCUCUGCAACGACGACCGCAUUGCCAAAUCCCUCGACGUCGUCUUCGGGCGCGCUGAAAUUGACCCUCCACCCAGUGUACCAUGGGAGCACAGCGUCUGCGCAGGCCGCUUCCCCGUCAAAACCGCCUCCCUCAACAAUGCCACCGCGGCAGCCGCAGCCUCCUUCCGCCGCCGCAGCACCCUCAAACCAACUGCCACCGCCCCCUCCGCCGCCACCCCCGUCUGGUCCGGUGGCGAGCUGGUCGCCCGAGAAGGUGGCUGAGUUCGUGCGCGACACGCCGAGCUGCGCGAGCUACGCCGAGGCCUUUCGGCAAAACGAGAUCGACGGCGAGGCGCUCAUGCUCCUCACGCCCGCCCAGUUCGUCAACCCGCCAAUCGGCAUGAAGAUCGGCCACGCCCUCAAACUGGCCGAUCGGCUGCGUCAGGCCCAGCUCCUCCGAGGCACCAGUCGCCCCGCCACGUGA